ACUCACACCUCCGUGGACUAAAAUUGUACAGAAAUCAACAAUUAGCUUAUACUGCACGUGAGCAGGCUAUGCAUUCACCAGGCAUUUAACUUUCAAUCAAAGGAGCUUGUACCGACACCCUCUGCGCGCACUUUUUUUUUGUUGUUAAAAGAAAAAAAAAGAAAAAGAAAGAAUAUUACAAAAAGAGAAACUUCGGGUUGAUCGUAUUGGAUUAGAUGCAUGUCACUUAUUCUUUGCCGUUUGUAGGCUAAGACGAGGAGCGGCGCAGAUUCGAGAGACGGGAUCUAACGGAAUAAAGUGCGUAAAAAACAAGAUAAGGACGGGGAGGAAAAGUUGCGUUUUCUGUUGUCCACGCAUCGUCAUGCCGAGGUACAACUUCUUACUGUGCUUGAUGGUGCUCAUCUCCUUGGGACAGUCGGGGAGCGAUGAGCCCAAUCUGCUGCUGCCUCCUGCCAGCGAGACGCCCACGGAUGCCGGGCUAUCUCUGCUGGAUGAGGACGCCGGUUCUCACGAGUGUUCCGCUUGUGUUUGGAGGGAGCAGAGCAAAGUGCUGAGACUGGAGACCAUCAAGUCCCAGAUCCUGAGCAAACUGCGUCUGAAGCAGGCGCCCAACAUCAGCCGGGAGGUGGUCAAUCAGCUGCUGCCCAAGGCGCCCCCGCUCCAGCAGCUUCUGGACCAUCACGACUUCCAGGGAGAUGCUUCGUCCCAGGAUGAGUUUAUGGAGGAGGAUGAGUACCACGCCACCACGGAGUCCGUGAUUACUAUGGCCUCUGAGCCGGAGCCUCUGGUGCAGGUGAAUGGAAAGCCCAGCUGCUGCUUCUUCAAGUUCAGCCCCAAACUGAUGUUCACCAAGGUGCUGAAGGCACAGCUGUGGGUGUAUCUGCGACCGCUGCAACAGACCUCCACCGUCUACCUGCAGAUCCUGCGAUUAAAGCCAGUCACAGAGCAGGGCAGCCGCCACAUACGCAUCCGCUCCCUGAAGAUAGAGCUCAACUCCAGGGUCGGCCACUGGCAAAGUAUUGACUUUAAGCACGUGCUGCAGAACUGGUUCAAACAGCCCCACACUAACUGGGGGAUCGACAUCAACGCCUUUGACGAGAGCGGCAAUGACCUGGCAGUUACCUCACUGCGACCUGGGGAGGAGGGACUGCAGCCGUUUCUGGAAGUGAAGGUUCUCGAGACAACCAAACGUUCUCGGAGAAACCUCGGCCUGGACUGCGAUGAGCACUCCACCGAGUCUCGCUGCUGUCGCUACCCUCUAACUGUGGACUUUGAGGCGUUCGGCUGGGAUUGGAUCAUUGCCCCUAAGCGCUACAAAGCGAACUACUGCUCUGGCCAGUGCGAGUACAUGUUCAUGCAGAAAUACCCGCACACCCACCUGGUGCAGCACGCCAACCCGCGAGGCUCCGCGGGGCCCUGCUGCACCCCAACCAAGAUGUCCCCCAUUAACAUGCUCUACUUCAAUGACAAGCAGCAGAUCAUUCACGGCAAGAUUCCAGGGAUGGUGGUGGAUCGAUGUGGCUGCUCUUAGGCUGCUGGAGGAAGCACAUUUGUGUAAAGCCCACAUUAAACCACCUGAAACCCUUUCUGAGCUCUCCCCUGGCACCAGAACCCACUCCUCGGCACCAGAUUUCACUUCUGCUCAGCCACAAAAGCAUUCCACUGGGUUUCCAUUUGUCCAGUAAUUAAACUGAUUCUAACUGUACAAAAAAGUUAUAAAUGAAAUAAGAAUCAAAACGGAACUGAGUGAUGGAAAUACCGUACAUUAUGAAUGAUUUAAAGAGGCUGUACUUGUGGAGCAGCUUUCGAAAGUGGUAAAUGAGGCGCUAUAGGAUAUAUGUUAGUUUUGUGGAUUUUUAAAAUAUUUUUUUAAUGACAUCUUUGUGAAAUAUCCAGGUUAGUGGAUUGAAAUGACAGGAGACAGGAGCAUUUACACUUUUAAGAGCAAUUCCAGUUUUGAGGUGAGUUCGCAAAUGCUUCAUUCCACAAAUACGUUUACUUCCAGUGAGAUAAAAAUGUUCUCAAAGGGGCAUUAUCAAAAUUAUUUUGCAAUCCAUCACUUUAACAAAAGCUCAGAAACAAAAACAAACACGAUGUGAAGAGGUUUAACUUCUGGACGUACCAUUAGAUGAAAUCCAAAAUCUUCCUUGGAGUGUUAAAGAUAUCCAAAAAAAGAAAAAAACAAACAAACAAAGAAAAUAAAACUACACCCUCUUUUAAUGUGUGUUACCUGAGUUUGAUAUUCUUAAGUAUCUCCAAAAUCUCUUCUCUUUUUAGAUUUUUGUAAUUAAAUAUUAAGAAAGGGUUAUGCAGAUGGUCCAUAACCUUAGGAUGUGAUUCAAGUUCAGCCUUAAUUUAAGGGGUUUAACAAAAGUAUGGCGUUAACUGUUUAGGAGCUAUUUUCAUAUAUAGUCCCCCAUUUUCAGUGGUUUAAAAUUAACUGCAUAAAUUAUUAUACUUUAAAUAUAAGAAUCAUUUUAAUAGUUGAAUUUUUGAAUUGAACUAUUGUUUGAAUAGUUGAAUACUAAAAUGCCGUCUACAGUAAAAGCUACCGUCUACAUUUACUUUUGUAUUUCACGUGAGAUGCAUGCUCUACUGCAGUGAUGGGGAACUCCAGGCCGCAAGAG